AUGCAACAAUUUCAAACAUAUCCACUUUCUUCAAUAUCAAUCUUGAAGAAAAACGAACUAUUUAAUAAUAAUAAAAAUGAUUACUCAGAUAAUAUUUCUCGUUUUACAUCAAAUGAUUCUGGUAUCAGUUAUGAUAACAGUGAUAAUGAUGAUAGUGAAAGUAUCUUUUCGAAUGAAUGUGAUUUCGAUUUUUCUUAUCCAAAUGAUCUAUCAACAAUAACAAUUACCGAUGAUGCUCAUAUGGCAGCAGUAAUACGUGAUGAUGAUAAAAAAUAUUUCUGUGAAAAUACUGCUUGGGCUUGGCAUGGCGAAUUUGGUCGAUUAAUUAUGGCAACUGCUAUGACAUAUAAUAUUGACUAUCGUCUUAUGCUUUACGAUGCACGUUUUACAUGUCCUCGUGCAUGGAAUGCAUCUUAUUCUAUGAUGCAAUUAGAAAAUGCUAAAGCACAAUUUAAAUGUGAUAUUUGUGGACAUUGUUGGACAUCAAUGCGUGCACGUUGUUCAUUUUAUAUAUCGAAACCAAAUGAAGGCGGUAUUGUUUUAUUAAGACUCUAUACACAACAAUGUCAAUAUUGUUAUUCAAUUGUUCAUCCAUUGUGGUAUUUCGAUGAAAUUUGUCGAGUAAUGAAAAACUUAGCAUUAACAAUUUUCAAAUACUUUUUUCCCAAUUCAAUAUCAUCUAUUUAUUGGGAUAUAACACAUAAUGGUAUUCAACCAGUUCGACGUUUAUUUCAACGAAAAGGAAAUAUGCAUACACAACAUAAUUCAACAUUGUGCGAAGCAUGUCAUCUUGGUUUAUGUUAUUUAUAA